AUUUGCUUUUCUGAAAUAUAUGAAGAAUUCUCAUUUCGCAACUUAUUAAUGCCCUGUACAAAAGAUGUUGAUGCCGUCUAUCGAACGCUCUAUAUCGUGUGUUUAGCCUACUUUGCGCUGAUUAAUGAAGUUUCCCAAUGACAAGGUAACUAACUACCAGUACUGAUCGACUUGAACUUUGGCAAUGUCAUCCACACCGGGUAACACAACCCCUGGACCCAGCACCAGCAACUCUAGCACAACGAAUGAAAACAGUAAUAAUGGAAACAAUGGUGGCACCAAGCGCAACCUUGAUACAACACCGACUACACCCAGUGGGCCACCAACCAAGAAAAAGGUUCUUACAUACUGUGAUGUCAAGAUGGGGCCUGUCCAUUCCCUAGAGGAAAUGGACAUGAAGGUGUUGCUUUUCCAAAAUAAGAAGCUGAGUGAGAAGAUAGAACAGAGAAGGAAAGCUGAGGAGGAGUUGCGUAAACGUAUUGAGCAGCUUGAGAAACGACAGACGACAGAUGAUGCUGUUCUGUGUAUAGUUAACAGAUACUGGAAUCAGCUGGAUGAGGAUGUCCGUGUCUUACUACAGAGGUUUGAUGCAGAGACAGCCGAUGAAAAUGAAAAUGAGAAUCAAAGUGAAGCCAUCACAUCAUUCCUUACUCAGCUUUCAACCUGGGAUAAACAUGAAAUCGAAGAGUCACUUCAUCGCCGAGUUGAGUUGUCAAAACGUGCUAUCGGAAAACUCCUGCUGGCUUUCGACAGGCUCUUGCAAAGGAACGAGAGACUACGGAAGGCAAUGUAUGGGGAAGACACAAAUAAAGAUCUGACAGAUUCGUUGACAGAAAAGAAGGACGAUAUGGAAACGGAAGGUGAGGGUCGUGAACGCUCGCUAGGGGACAAUGAUCCUGACAGAGAGGGGGACAUUGAUGAGAAGCAGGAUCAAGAGAAGUUAGAGAAGGAUGAACCGGAGGAUGAAUUCAACCUUGAUGAAGCUGUCAAAGAUGAGAUGAAGGAACUGCAAGUUGAAAAUAAACGUCUGCACAACUUGAUCACAGAGUUGCAUGAAUUCAAGCAUAACAACUCCCUCAAGCAAAAAGAAUACCAGGAGAAGCUCUCGGCUGCCGAAACUGAAGUUGAUGAACUGCGCAAUAAGACAGAUGAUCUUGAGUAUGAUCUGGGUUGUGCCAAGGAGAAAAUUGUGAAGUUAGAGAAAGAACUCUCUGAAGAUGUAAAACUCCAUCCCCAUGGAAAUUUCUUCACUGGUCCGCCGACUUGUGAAACUAAGGGAAAGGCAAGUCCGUUUAAUGAACUUAUGGGUGAAUUGGAGGACCAGCGGGAAAUGGCUCAAAAUCGUCUUUCUGAACUUGAGAAAUUGCAGCAGGACCAUCAAGACUCACUGAAGGAGAUUGAAAAGCUAAAGAUGGAUCUCCAGUCUCUACCAGAUUCUGUAAUUCUUGGUACUACGGAGUACAAGUGUUUACAGGCGCAGUUCUCGGUGUUAUACAAUGAGAGCAUGCAGAUGAGGAACCAGUUAGAAGAGUCAAGAAAUCUGCUUCAAACGAGUAAAAAUGCUCACCUCCGGCACAUUGAACAGAUGGAGAGUGAUGAGCUAGCCUGUCAGAAAAAGUUACGUACAGAAGUCAUGCAGUUGGAGGACACAUUGUCCCAAGUGAGAAAGGAGUAUGAAAUGUUGAGAAUUGAAUUCGAGCAGACGUUAGCUGCCAAUGAGCAGACAGGUCCAAUUAAUAGAGAAAUGAGGAAUUUGAUUACAAGCCUGCAGAACCACAAUCAUCAGUUGAAGGGUGAGGUCGGCAGGUACAAGAGGAAGCUAAGAGAAGGUGCUAUAGAAAUAAAUAAACUGAAAGCUGAAAAUCAUCAGAACGAACCUAAAGUUGAGAAAAAGUCUGAGUCGGAAAGUGAUUCUGCAAUGCCAGUGAAACAGGAGGAGCCACCAGUGCCGAUACAUGUAAAGAAAGAGCCGGAAGAGGAACCAAUCGAAAAGGAGAAAGAGGAGAAGGUGCGCCCAAUCAAGGAGCGGCGAAAAACGCCCCGUGAGGACGAUAUGAGUCGCAUGUCAGAGUCGGAGACUUUGAAGGAUUUGAAACAACAAUUAAAGAAAUCUCAAGAUAGCCAGAAAGAGAUGAAGCUGUUACUGGACAUGUAUAAGAGCGCUCCAAAAGACCAAAGAGACAAAGUCCAGCUUCAAUUCCAGUUAAUGUCAGCAGAGAAGAAAGCUAGGCAGGAAAUCGAUGAUUUAAAAAGUUGCAUACAGAAAAUGCGUGAGAAUGAGAGAAAGGAGAAGAGGAAGUUAGCGGAUGAAGAUGCAAUUAGGAAGAUCAAGAAGAUGGAAGAAACUAUAAAUGACCUUCAGAAGAAGUUAGACGCCCAAAAACAGGAAGAAGAAGCCUUGCUGAAUGAGAUGGAGGUGACGGGUCAAGCAUUUGAAGACAUGCAGGAACAGAACAUUAGGCUCUUACAGCAGUUACGAGAAAAGGAUGAUGCUAAUUUCAAGCUUAUGUCAGAGCGAAUUAAGUCAAAUCAAAUUCAUAAGUUAUUACGGGAAGAGAAGGAAGUGCUAGCCGAACAGGUGGCCACAUUACAAUCCCAAGUCGAAGCUCAGAAUUUAGUCGUCAGGAAACUCGAGGAGAAGGAACGAAUAUUACAGAAUAAUUUAGCUACGGUUGAAAAAGAGUUAAAUCUUCGUCAACAAGCGAUGGAACUGCACAAGAGAAAGGCCAUAGAGAGUGCUCAGUCUGCCGCCGACCUUAAGCUUCACCUCGAUAAAUACACUGCCCAAUUACGUGAUCUCCAGAACUCUGUCGCAGAAAAGACAGGAACUUUAGAGAAAGAAUCCUUCAAAUAUAAAAGAAUGCAGGAGGAACAAGCCAUAUUAAGACGAAAAUUAGAACGGCAUAAAAAGAUAGAACUUGCUGGUACAGCUGAUGAGGUCUUGAUGGAGGAAAUCAAGGAAUAUAAGGAACAACUGACAUGUCCUUCGUGUAAAGUAAAGAAAAAGGAUGCUAUACUUACCAAGUGUUUCCAUGUGUUCUGCCUAGAAUGUCUGCGGACCCGCUAUGAGACGAGGCAACGAAAAUGUCCCAAGUGCAAUGCCGCGUUUGGAGCAAAUGACUUUCAUAGGAUCUAUUUGGACAAUUGAUCAAUGUUAGGAGUUUGUCAUGUCGGUUGUGUGCACAGAGGUUUUGUUCUUAAGCCAUGGCAUGGGUUCUGUUCAUGGUUACUUUUUGGUCCUUUUGGUCCAGUUCUUUAUUGGCCAAAGCGAUAAAAGUGGAAUCUUUUGGCAAUCACACAUGAGUAACCUAUUUAGGGAGCAUGUCAAAAUUAUCAGUGAAGCUGUGGGUGCAUUACUGGACCAAGUCAUGUCUGUUAAUGUUAUGUAAAAUCUUUGUUGGAGGGUCCCUCAUGUUUUCCUGAACUUGGUGAAAAUGGGUUUGACAACAAGUUCAAAUGGAUAAUGUAUGAUUGUUGUACAUGUUACCUUGUUAAUUGGUAUGUGUAAACCCGGAUGUGUCUGCGACACAUCUUAAUUGUAAGAAGGGAGCGUCAAGGAAGCCCUCAAGACUUCCUGAUGGAGAAAAUGAGAAAUAAACUUGUUUUGU